UCAGCUCAGCUAAUUUCACCGCGUUUUGCGGCAUGCAGCGGAACAUAGCGCCUGUGUGCCGGUGCAUGAGCCUUAUGGCGACUGGCGCGGUGCUGGCGACAGCCCCACUAAGAGCGAGCUAUGGCGUGGGCUUGGCGGCGGGGCAUAGCGCUCCCUUCGUUGGUGGAUGCUUACUUCCUUACUUCCUUACCUCCUUACUUCCUCCUUGUCAGGACAGAGGAACGGCUGUGAGCCGCUGGUUGAUCGUGCUGACGCACGGCUUUCGUGCGGGCUGAGGCACAGUUUACUUGCUUGCGAGACAUUUCAAGAACAUCAUUCAAAGCUUCAUCACGCGCACCUGCGCUCUCCUGCUUAGGAACUUCGCGCGAGCCGCGUCACUUCGCCCGUAGCAUAGCAUACAGCAAUGGCGGAAGGCACGGCGCAAGUCAACCCGCCAGCACUCGUGGCGGAAGCUACAGUGGUGCGCUCUGUCUUCGCCGCGUGGGAGAGCGCGCCAGCGCCUGCUACGGCGGCGGCUGUAACGGCCGUUGCGCCUGUAGCGCCUGUAGCGCGGACGCCGCCACUGCGCACGCCCACGCCUGACGUCACCUAUUCCUUGCCUCAUGCCGUUGUCGCGACUCGCGCGCGCGCCGCGACGGUGCGGCUGCGGUGCGGGCGGCGAAUCGCGUAUCUGGAGAAAGGGAUGGGCGCGGCGCACGCGACGCGGACGCUGCUGGUGCUGCACGGGCUGGGGUCGUCACGACUCGCCAACAUGCCGGGAGUGCCGGACGAUCUGCUCUGCUCGUUCGGUGUUCUCCUGGUCGCCAUUGACCGACCCGGCUACGGCCAGUCAGACCCGGCUCCCAAUCUGACUCUACAGGCGUUCUGUGAGGACCUGGAGGAGCUGGCGGAUUUGCUCGCGCUGGGCAGCAAGUUCUACCUGUUGGGGUAUUCAGCCGGGGGCGCGUAUUGCUGGGUGGCAGUGCGGUACAUUCCGCACCGCAUCCUGGGAAUUGCCAUGUGGACGCCCUUCAGCUCCUUCUUCUGGCAGGGCAUAUCGGAGCAGGACAGGGAGGCCAUGUUUGCUCACCUGACGCCUCACUCCCGUUGAUUCCUCCGCCUCGGUCGCUUCGCCCCUCUCUGGCUCAUCCGCCUCUUCGUCUGCAACUUCGUCGUUCCCUUCUCCGGUCCCCUGUGGCUGCAGCGCCUGCAACACAGUCUAUCCUUGGCCGAUCGAGAGUACCUGCUGCAGCCAGCAGGGGCGCAGGCACUGCUCAACGACAAUACCGAGUCACUCCUUAUGGGAGCGCACGGGGAGGGCAUGGCGAAGGACGUCGAGCUCUUCAGCCGGCCAUGGCCCUUCGACAUCACCGAUUAUCUACACAAAGUUAACAACACGGGCUCUUCCCUCUACUCAAAUCCUCUCUCGAGUCCUCCCUCUUCGCCAUUUAUGGUGCAUGGCACUGAGGAUGUGUUGGUGCCGCUCUUGCUGCAGCGCUGGCUGCAGCGGCAGCUGCCGCAGCUGGUGCGGCUGUACGAGCUGCCAGGGGAGGGGCACCUCUCCUGGUUCUGCCACCAACCACAGAAUUAUCACCAAGUGCUCACCACUCUCUUCUCUUGAGUCCGAACCAGAGCCACCUCCGCUUCUUGCAGCAGCAGCUGCCUCGGCUGGUGCAGCUGUUCGAGCUGCCAGGGGAGGGGCAUCUUUCCUGGUUAUGCCACCAACCCCACAACCACCACCAAGUGGUGGCCACUCUCUUCUCCUGACUUCAUUUGUUACAGCCACAACCAUAGCGUAACCCUUACCUAUGAACCCUCUGCCUCGAUGUAAAUAGUCGUCUCGUCUAGUCGGCCUUUUUCUCACGUCUCCUGGAUGUCACAACGACACACCUUCGGAAGACUUCGCUUAUGAGGCGCCUCAACACAUUCUUGAGGCGCCUAAUAAAACACGUCUCCUGGAUAUCGCAAGGACACACCCUGGGAAGAAUUUGCUACCGUACUUGGCUUGGGGAAAGAGGAGAAGACCAUGGCAUGACAAUGCCUCUAUCCUGAUUUUUGCAC